AUGUCUCCGGGAUUCGCAGCUGACAUCGCCACAGGCGCAACCGUUGAGCGGAACACAUCGGUAACUGCUGCUUGUUAUGUUAUGGAAUAUAGUUCUACACGACUUGCAAUAAGAACCAUUGCAGAUCGACGGAAUCGGGAUAUCAACAAGAUGUCUACUCUCACCAUGCCUUCCCACCACCACUACCACCACCCUGGCUUCCAUCGCGAAUUUGCGUGGCUCGAUACCCGCCCCGAGACUUCAUCACGGUCACGCAACGAUCACGAAAGGGUGGCUCUUCCAUCGAUCCGACAAACUUUCCCCGAACUACAGCUGCAAGUUCAACAGGACGGCGCAGUCGGAACACCACUGGCCGCAACGUCCCCAGUUAGUGGGCCGUUCACGGGGACGAUGACACCACCGGAAUAUGUCCAUUCCCCGACACAUUCCAAGCGACGGCGUUUGUCUUUCGACGACGAGAGAGAAGCCGAGAGAGCGAAUCAGGUCCCGAGGUUUUACAACAGUUCCCAAGGAGUUGCGUCCAGGCAACAAUCUCCGCCCUCUGCAACGCGGCCAACUCCGGAAGGAUGGGGAAAAUCGAGCACGACAAGCCCUUAUGUCGGAAACGGCGCUCUUCCGUCUAUGAGGUCGCCAGCCAGAGUCGAAGUCCAUGAACGAGCCGAAGCUCGCCCCACCUUGCCGAGCCUACCACUGUUAAACUUGGAGCGAGGUGCUCCCGAGAUGCACCGGAUUCGAAGCCACUCGGGUGACGACUAUGUCCAAGAGUCGACGAGGAGACCUAGUCUGGUGCCUAGCAAUGGCCAAGGAAUGGAAGCGGCCGUACCUGGGUAUCAACAAGCGAACUAUGGGUACGGCUUCCAUCACCCCAGCCGGGUCCAGUCACUGUCCGUCGGUUCGGUCCAUCCGUUUGACCGGACGCCAUUUUCGCCGGGGGCAUACGGUCAGCACUUCCACGAGACGUUCAUGCGCAUUGGCGAGUAUGGCAUGGGGAUCAAUGGCGAUAGCAAGCAACGGAAGCGCCGGGGCAACCUUCCCAAGGAGACUACAGACAAGCUUCGUGCGUGGUUCGUUGGCCACCUCACCCACCCAUACCCUACCGAGGACGAGAAGCAGGACCUCAUGAGGCAAACUGGUCUGCAAAUGAUCUGGGAGCUUGGGCCGAACGUGCCAUCUGCUCCGGUCUCAGGUGUCUACCAAAUAUCCAACUGGUUCAUCAACGCCAGACGGCGGCAACUGCCGACAAUGAUCAGCAACGCCCGUGCCGAGUCUGACGCCAUGACUGGCCGAGGAGGAGAUGGCAAGAUCAUCACUUCGACUGAACGGCUCGAGUACGAUCACGAGGGCAGACACCUCAGCGAUGGCGAGGGAGCCAACUACGAUGAUAUCGGCCUGGAGGCCACGAAACGAUGCAGAGCCACGAACAUGAAGCGCGGCAGCAUAUGA